AUGCAAGCUUUGAUAACGCUGCUCACCAUAUUUAUCUCCACAGUUAGUGCCCACAGCUGGAUCGAGCAGCUGAUGGUGAUUGCUCCAAAUGGUACCUUCGUUGGAAAACCCGGGUAUCCGCGUGGCUUCGUUCCUAGAGAUGCAAAGGGAUUCAGUGACACCGAUAUGACCUACCUGAUUCCCCCAAAUAAUCAGGGAAAUAACGAUAUCCUCCCUACGACCCCCAUAUGUUCGAGUAGUCAACGGACUCGGAAUCAGACAGCAGGCUACCCAAGGCUCCAGGCGCCUCCCGGGGCUGCCGUCGCACUUCGAUAUCAGGAGAACGGCCAUGUCACCCUCCCGCAGAAUCAAAUUGGAAAACCACCGAACAGAGGCACUGUCUAUGUCUACGGCACGACAGACCCGCGCGAGAACGAUACUCUCCUUGCCAUUCACAAGGUGUGGAACGAAAAUGGAUAUUGCAUUGCCGUCCGAUGUGCCGACUGGCAGGCCCUAUACCCUAUACUGGGUUUGGGAUUGGCCCAGCUGCCUUCUUGGAAUCGAACAGGACUGAAUGAGACUUAUACAACCUGCAUGGAUAUCGACAUCACGGAGAGCGUUGGCGCCGAAACUUACACGAAGAAUGGCUACAUUGAGAGCCAGCCCCUCAACAAUGCCGCAAUUCCAUCGGAGUUCGCUGAGCUUGUAAAUUCUCGCAACGGAUCCCCAUCCCCCACGGCUUCUCCUGUCGGACCUGCAACGACGUCUGCAUCUCCAGUGUCUUCGACGACCCCAUGUCCAUGUGCAAAAUCGCCAAACCCUUCUACUGUCACCGUCACUACCACGCUGUACGAAGUUUUAAUGCCGCAAAUGGAGAUCGAACUCGUAUGGCCUACUCAAGGUUUGACGAGUACCUAUCCGCAACCACCAUUGACACUUGUCGCUCGUACUCAAACGGCUUCGACACACCGCUGUGAGAAGACUGCUGUCUCGCAGCAAGUACGGGAUGCCUCUGACAAGGGAAUCGGCAUUCCGUACUGA